AUUUCUCGUCUUUUUUCGGAAAAUUCAAUAUCUAUUCUCAUCGACGAGCGGGAUUGUCUUGGAAUAAGAGAAAAAGUUCCAGUACGCACGGCAUAUCCGUUGUGCUUGUUUUGCCGCCAUUUUGCUCAUUUGAUUGUGCUGGACGUUAUCCAUUCCAAUUUCGCAGACGAUUUCACAUCACGACGGAGCAAGUAGAAUAAGCUUGAAAGCACGCGAUUCUACGGGCGACGGGGAUUCGUUUGUGUCAGGUGAAUUUCGCGCGUGAUCGGGAAUCGUCGAGUGAUACGAGCUCGAUCGUUCGGAUGAUUCCGUUGGUCCGGCGGGAUUUUGAAUUCGUGACGCGUGAUGGACGUCGACGCUAUGGCGGGCAUUGAAAAUACCCGAGCGUGAUUGUGAUCGCGAUCGUUAUCGUCUGCGUAAUUUGUUCACAGCAAUUCCGAGUGAUCCACAGCGUUCGACGGUACAUUAGCAUCGCGCAGCGAGAAAUGCGAUCGGGGUUUGCAGAAGUGAGGUUAUUUCACAUUGUAGCUCGGUAAUUUCGUUUACGAGGUUCGCGCGGGAAAUCAGAAGUCUGCGAACGCGGAUGCUCAACUCAAUAGUUUCGUUCGCGGCUUAUUUCGCUUGAGAAUCAACACGUCUCGCCGAGUGCCGAAUGUCGCGUGCCGAUAACACGAACGUUACGUGAUAGAUCCGGUCUAUGUUGACCGGCAAUGUUGCUAUCAGCAAGCUAACCUCGUGACGCGGAACGAACGAUUGUGAGCUAUGGAAGCUAAUACCGAGAUGGCUAAUGACACCCAGGAGAAGAAUAUCUCCGAUGAACGCGACAUGGAGGUCGACACGCAGGAUCAUGGAUAUGAUAUGGACGAGGAAGGUGGUCUGAGGGUGGAUGACGAGAUAUAUAUACCACCGCCACUGAAGAACUUCAACGAAACAGACACGUCUGGAUCUAGACUCAUGAUCAUCAAGAUCGUCAACGAAAAUUUUAAGAGUUAUGCCGGUGCGCAUGUAAUCGGACCCUUUCAGAAGAGUUUCUCAGCAAUAGUGGGUCCCAAUGGUAGUGGCAAGAGCAAUGUAAUAGACUCUAUGCUGUUUGUAUUUGGCUAUCGUGCCAGCAAGAUUAGAUCGAAGAAGGUAUCUGUUCUAAUACAUAAUUCCAGUGAGCAUCCAAACUUGAAUAGUUGUACAGUCUCUAUUUACUUCCAAAGAAUUAUCGAUAAGCCUGGUGAAGAUUAUGACAUUGUUCCUGGUAGCGAGUUUGUUAUAUCUAGAACAGCAUUUAAGGAUAGUUCAUCAUAUUAUGAACUUAAUAAGAAGAAAGUACAAUUUAAAGAGAUUGCUAAGCUCUUGAGGUUUCAUGGAGUUGACUUGGAUCACAAUCGUUUUUUGAUAUUGCAGGGUGAAGUAGAACAGAUUGCACUGAUGAAGCCAAAAGCUCAAAAUGAAAAUGACACUGGAAUGUUGGAAUUCUUGGAGGACAUUAUUGGUACAUCUCGUUAUAAAGAACCUUUGGAGAAAUUAACGAAUAAGAUAGAAGAAUUAACGGAACUUAGAGUGGAAAAGUUACAUCGUCUCAAAGUCGUACAAAAGGAGAAAGAAGCCCUGGAGGAACCUAUGCAAGAGGCGGUGCAGUACUUAAAAACAGAAAAUGCGAUAACUCAACUGCAGCAUCAACUUUAUCAGUGUAAAAAAUCUGAGGCGAUAAAAGAACUUGCCGAAUAUGUAGCGACGAAUGAUAAUUUAGAGAAGGAACAAGCCGCUUUAACGAAUGAGAUGAGUAAUGUUCGUCAAGAGAAAGACGAAAAAAUCAAGAUUAUUAAGGAAAAGAACAAAAAAUGGGAUGUUUUACAACAGCAGAAGGAUGAAGCCACGACGAGCUUUAACGAAAUCCGCAAACAAGAUGAGUUAUUGCACGCCGAACUGGUCGAAACGAAUAAGCGACGAAAAGCUAAUAUGGCAACUACCAAAACGGAAAAAAACAAGCUGGAGGAAUUGCUGAAGGUACCGGAGAAAAAUGCAAAAGAUAUCGAAGAAUGCGAACAUCUAAUUGAGACGAAUAUGGUCAAAAAAGAAAAAGAAGAAGCUUCAUUGGCGACUUUGAUGAUGAAUCUGCGGGAAAAAACAGAACCAUUAUUAAACGAGCGGUCCAAAUUGGAGCAAAAACUGAUAUCUCUCAGGAAAAAUGUAGAUCAGGCGAAAGCAGCAUAUGAUAUCGCUCAGUCCGAAUUACAGCUUUACAUAUCGGUAGAAAAGAUCGAGAAAGAGAAAUUGGAAAGUCUCCGUGAAUCUUUGGAAAGAACUGUAAGUACUCUCAAGGAGCGACAGAAACAGCUGGCACUGUUUGAGACAAAAAUUCCGGCAACUGAGAAUAGUUUGGAGCAAGCACAGAGCGAACUGAACGAGGUGAAGGCACUCGAGAUGGAAAAGACUGCUCAACUGCAAAAGAUGCGAAUCACUUAUGAGGAGCAACGUUUUGCCAUGCAAGCCAGUACAUCGCGAAACCGCAUCUUGGAUGCAUUGAUGAGAGAAAAACGCGAAGGACGAAUACCUGGAAUACUUGGAAGAUUGGGCGAUUUGGGUGCCAUUGACGCUCAGUAUGAUGUUGCCGUGUCGACUGCAUGCGGUCCGUUAGAUGAUAUCGUUGUAGAUACAGUAACCACGGCACAAGCAUGCAUAACUUUUUUGCGAGAGCAUAAUAUAGGACGUGCUACAUUUAUAGCGCUGGAGAAACAGCAGCGAUUUCAAGACAAAAUUCGUCACAAAAUCCAAACACCGGAAAACGUGCCUCGAUUGUUUGAUCUGAUCAAAGUGAUGGAUGAGCGGGUGCUGCUAGCAUUCUAUUAUGGUCUGCAAGACACUCUGGUAGCAAAGGAUUUAGAUCAGGCGACACGCAUUGCUUAUGGUAGAAUGCGUUAUCGCGUGGUGACGUUGAAAGGUGAACUAAUCGAGUUGUCGGGUACAAUGAGCGGUGGUGGACGCACAGUACUGCGAGGUCGAAUGGGUCAGAAAGUGAUGAGGAAUGAGCCAUCAACCGCUGAUAUCGAAAAGUUGCAAUCACAGUUGGAUACUGUAUUUGAAGAGUGCAAUAAGCUAAAGGCGAGGCAACAACCGUUGGAACAGCAGGUCCAUGUAUUGUCAAUCGCUUUGAGGGAUAUGAAGGUUGAUAAACAGAAAUUCGGUAUCGAAGUGCAGGCGCUGAGCGAGCAGGAGCCAUCGUUGCGGGCACAACUCAAAAUGCAAGAAAAGCACGCUGCCAACUCUGUAUCAGAUCCGAAGAAGGUCGCACAAUUACAAAAAGCGGUGGAUACGGCGAAAUUGCAUCUGGAAGAAGUUGAAGAGAAUUCCGCCUCGGUAGAAAAAGAGGUGGAAUGUAUUAAUAAGAAAAUAGAUGAAAUCUCUGGCAGCAAGGUGCGGGAUCAGCAAGCAAAAAUUGCACAGCUGACCAAAUCGAUAGAUAAAGCUAAGGCGGAGAUAUGUCGUCUUCAGGUAGCCAUUAAGACUGCCGAGAGAAACGUUAAAAAGACGGAGAAAAAUAUAGAGACGUUGGAGAGUGAUGUGCAUACUUGCGAGCAGAGACUGAGGGAUAUUCAAAAAGAAAAAUCCGAACUCGAGGAACAUGCUAAGGUAAUUCUGGAAAAGUUGAAGGAAAUCAAUGAGAAGUUGGAGGAGCGAGAUGAUUCUACAGCAUCCUUAAAGGAUGAGUUGAACGAAUUGCAAACACGCGAGGACAAGAUGAAGGCAACGAAGAUCGACCUAGAUCAGAAAUUACACGAAAGUAAAAAACAGUUAAAAGAACUUCAGCUAAUGAUCCCCGAAUACAACCGGCGGAUAGCGAAACUGGAGUUACAUGCGAUUCCGCAUGAAUCUAUAGAGCCACUUAAAGAUCUGACGGAAGAGGAGGUCGAUCAAUUAGAUAUGAAAAUUGUGAUGCAGAAUUUGCAGAGGGCCAAGAAGAGAUUACCCGAGCAGAUACCCAAUAUGCAGAUUAUUGCAGACUAUCAGGUGAAAGACGCGCUGUACAUGAAGCGUGCUUCCGAAUUAGAGGAGACGACAUCGAUACGCAACAAGAUGCGCGACAUUUACGAGUCCGCCCGACGACGCAGGAUCCAAGAAUUCCUACAUGGUUUUACCUUGAUCACUACUAAAUUGAAGGAAAUGUAUCAAAUGAUCACGCUAGGUGGUGAUGCGGAACUGGAGUUGGUAGAUUCGUUGGAUCCAUUAAGCGAGGGUAUCGUAUUCAGCGUGCGUCCACCCAAGAAAUCAUGGAAGAGCAUCGACAAACUCAGCGGCGGCGAGAAAACUUUAAGCUCGUUGGCACUGGUUUUCGCUCUCCAUCAUUAUAAACCUACGCCAUUGUACUUUAUGGAUGAAAUCGAUGCCGCGCUCGACUUCAAGAAUGUCUCCAUCGUCGGCAACUAUAUUAAAGAACGCACGAAAAACGCGCAAUUCAUAGUUAUCUCGUUACGCUCAAACAUGUUCGAAUUGGCCGACUCUCUCGUUGGUAUUUACAAGACGUUUAACUGCUCCAAGACUGUGACUCUCCAUCUCAGUCAUUUUUACAAGAAUAAUAGUAUCGUACCACCCACACAGCUUACCUCCAAGUCAUACGCGUCCCAAGCGACGCAGAAAUCGAAAUUGUCUUCACAACGUACUCAGCAGAAUUCGCACAAGGAGAAUACUGCGCCUGUGAAAAAUAAUAAUGUGAAGAGAUCAUCUUUGAGCGAAGAUGAGACAUCGCACACACAGAAUAAAAACGCAAAUAGAAGAUCGUUGAACAGAGAAGAAAUGUCGCCUGCGAAGAAUAAUAAUACGAAGAAUAUAUCAGUAAACAGGGAUGAAAUUUCGCCCAUAAGAAACGAUAAUGCAAAGAAAAUAUCAUUGAAUAUGAAUGAGACGUCGCUUGCGAAGAAUAAUAACGUGAAGAAUACGCUAGAUGACAAAGAAACGAAUGUGAAAAAUAGCGCGAAGAAAACACGAAACGGAAAACGACUAAAAAUUGAUCAACAAGAGUGUUCAGAAUUGAGAGUAUGUACGACGCCGGAGCAAGUGCCAACUCGUCGUUCCGCUAGGAUCGUGAGAAAGAGUAUGGACACAGAUGAAAAUAGUGUUAAUAAGGAGCCGGCUAAGAAAAAGCAAAAAGCGAAGUGACCAAUCGACUUCGGACUUCGAGAAUCAUUGUCUUCAGCGGACAUAUGUGCAAAACGAUUGCGCAAAGCUCGAAGACUAGUAUAAAUACUUAUAAAUCGCUAAAAUAUAAAUAUCGUUAACAUAUUUCUGCGUAAAUUGAAGCUUACGGAGCGACGUUAUUACACAUCUUCAUAACCGUUUAAACGAGCCAUUUGGAUGAAGAUGCGAAAUAACACAUCAUGACUGAUAUGUCAAAAAAAUAUCGCAACAAUGUAACGACUAAUUAGAUAAUCAUUGAUAUAAUUUUAUUUUUAAACGUUACACAUGCAAGUUCUCAGUUCUUUUAUGAUUUAAUAUUUUUGCGUAAAUAUAAAAUAUUGAAAAUGACGCUUCCGUAACGGAGUAAGAUCUAAUCCUUUUAACUGUGCUUUCUGUAUUUUUUUUUGUCACAUUGUAUCUUUUUUUCUUUUCAUUCUGAUGCUUGAAUAUAUGCAUUAUGUAUACAUUAUUUUGAAUAUAAUUAAUACAACUUAGUUCAGUUAAGAGGAAUAGAAAUUGAAUAGAGAGGAAUAGAGCUAUUGCAUAAAGAAUGCAAAUAGCAAUAUUUUUAUACAUUUGUACAUGUCGCUAAAGUUAUAUUAAAACAUAAUUACUAUUAGAACAAGAACUGAAAUACUUCA